GACUGCAAUUCUUCCCUUUUCUCCACCUUCCUUCUUCCCUUACCUAAUUAAGCAGCUCCGGCAACGAUGAUGUCUGCUAUUCCGGCGACCCUCUUCCCCUCUGCUGAUUCCGUGCUGGGAAAUCAAUUUCCAUCCUUUGAAAACAGCUUCACGCCUCCGUGGGACUGUUCUGAUCUCUUUACUUUCCCUGAUUAUCAAUCGCCAAAAGCUGUGGUUUCGAGUUCAGGUUCAGAUGAUCCGAACGAACCGAACAAAUCUAACCAAAAUCAUGCCAAUUCUAACUGCAGUUCUGAUGACCCAAACCCCAUCACUGUUUCGAUGAUCGAUGAUCGAAAACGACGGCGGAUGAUAUCAAAUCGGGAGUCUGCCAGGAGAUCACGCAUGCGAAAACAGAGGCACUUAGAAAACUUAAGAUAUCAGGUGAACAAAUUGAAGAUUGAGAACAGAGAAUUAACGAAUCGAUUGCGUUUGGUUCUGUACCAUUGCAACACUGUAAGGAGGGAGAACGAGCAGCUCCGUUAUGAACAUAGUAUGCUCCGACAAAAGCUGUCAAACAUACGCCAAUUUUUGAUGCUCAAACAACUGCAACAAUUCACGUCUGCAUGGCCAUGCAAUAACACAACCACAACCGAAUAAACCCAUCAUCGAUCAUUAAUGACUCUCUCUCUAUAUAUAUAAAAAUAAAUUAUUCCCUCAUAGUUUUGAACUGGGGAACAAAGAAUCUCUCUUGCUUCUCUGUGUAAAUGGAAAAGCUCUUGAAGUAAAGAAAAAUGAUGAGGUUUUCGGGUAUUUUCAGAGAAAAGGAAAAAAAAAACCUGUUUUGAUGAAAUCAGGGUGGGUUUUAUUAUGGUGUAUAAAAGCUAGUUAGUGUUGAUUUUUAUUAGAGAAUAUAAUUAUAUGUUGUUUUUUUCCUAGUUUUUAAUUAAAGCUAUCCUCUUUGAUCCAUAUUUUUAUUUUAUAAAUUUGGAUCUUAAAGCUAGCUCCACUUCACUUUGUCAAUAAAUUAAUUAUUAUAUAUAUUAAUUUUAUUUAUGCCA